UUAAAACAAAUAUAUUAUCGGAUGAUUUCUUUCGCUUAAGAUUUCAAGAGGCGCAAGCUGAAUAUGACAUACCAGAUCAAAAAUUAGUCCUAAUAAUCCUUUUAUUAUAUACAUUACUAGUUUAAAGAUCACUAGAAAGCCACAUGUUUUUAUAUUAAAUUUUAUGUCUUCAAUAUUUUUUUUGCAUAGUAAUGUUAUGACGUGAAAUCACAAGAGUGUAAUUUUAAAUAUAGGGUUGGGCAUGAGCCUAUUGUGAGAAAGGUUGCAGAGAUUAAACCUCAAGGAGAAGACAGGGUUGCAGUAACUGCAUAUGUUGGCAUGAUGGCAGGGAUCUUUUUGCUGCCAAUUUCAACAUUUCUGCCAACAAGCUUCAUCUUUAUGGCAUUGAGCCACGGAUCUCUGAGUCCUUGACCUUCACAAAGAUGAUUAAGCACAUCAUGGAUGAGGCUCAACUGACUUUUUUCAGUCAUGAUGCCGAAUCUCCAAUCCCACGACCAAAAUACAAGUCGUCCAUUUACAUUCAGCCAUCGUGUCAGGAUAAUGAGAAACCUUCAUCCUGAUGUGGGCAAAGCAGGGGAUUCAGAGAUGCUUCCUACAAAACUGACAAAAUGGCGACGGCAAUGUGAGCAGGCAAUGAAUUACAAUGGGUAUGGAACACACAGCCAGUUUGGAGGGUUGUUCAAGGAGGCUCUCUCUUGUGCUUGUCUGUCACGCCGAACAUACAAGCUUCUGGACAAUAUCAUGACCAAACACAAUGAUCUUCACAUAUCCUUUAAAGGAAAUAUGAUACGGGGAAUCUCAGGCUGCUAUGAUGAGUUAUACAUCUUCUCUGUCCUGCGACAGGUUGACGACGGUGUUAUAGGUCCCCAAGAGAUGAACGAAUCUCUGAUAAAAGAAAAGAAGAACACACGAGAGUGUCGACCGAGCCCAGAUGACCCUGAUGCCAAACAGGAGCUGGCAGUUCUUAGAGCUGAGGUGGCAAAGCUAAGGAGGGAGUUGUCGCAGAAGGCACAGAAGGUGGCAUCCCUAGAAGAGGAGCUUGCAAAGACAAAGCAGACUGGUCACAACGGCGAGGCCCGAAGAGACAUCUUCAACUUUGAAAGUCCAAUUCCUGGAAAUCGGACUUGUCGGUACAGCCGCCCUGUAUUUGCGCCUGACAGUGACAGUGAUGAUGUCUCACUUGGGGCAGGGUCUUCCAUCUCAGAUUUGGAAAAUACUAAUGAUCUACACGCAAACACCUUCCUUCAAGACAAUGACAUCUUCACCAACAACUCUCUACCAGAUAUUAACAUGGAGCCCGAAAUGUCGUCAACACCCACCAGCAACUCUAUUAUUGAUGAACAUCACAAUGAAUCUUUAACAACAACCAACUGCAACAUGAUCUCCAAUCCAGAACUUGAUGACAUCUUCUUAACCCCGGAAGCCACAAUCCUUAAGCCAAUACCAUCAGAAACUGUUAUCAGAGGACAGGCCGAAAGCAAUACACAUAGCAGAACCAGACGCUCAUCAAAAAAAAGGAAAAAUUCAACGUCGGUGACUCAGUCAAUGCCUUGUUUAAGAAUAGGGCGCCAGGGGACAAUUUUGAGGAAUUUUACCCAGGAAAGGUUCUUGCAAUCCUCAUGUCUGGUGAUAUGCUGAGAAUCCAAUUCGAAGAUUGUACAAGGACAGUUCCUAGUGAUCAUGUUCAACCUAGAUAAAUGACACUGAACACAGGUCUUUAAACAAUUCAUCAAAAUAAUUUGUGACAUGAACAAAGAUCCCCCCCAAAAAAUGUAUCAAAAGAUUCAGACUUUCAAACAUUGGGAACAACAUUAAAAAUGUAAAUAAUAAUAAUAGUUGUUGUAGUUAAUUUAUCAAUGUCAUCAAAUGUUUAGCAGACUGUUAGUGUAAAUAUGAUAUGUAUUUUGUGUUUGUUUAUAAUUUAUAGAGUUUGGACUGUUUAUAUUUUUUUUUAAACAUUUAAAUAAAAAGACACACUAAAUAAUGGAUUACAGAUUUAAAUAUUUCUAACAACCUCAUGAAUCUCUGAACAAGAGCAUUAUAAGCAUAAAACAUUUACUUGUAAAACCAUGCUCCUGGUAAUAAUUUAGGACAUAGAAAUGUUUAAGUUUCAACAUUAUGUAACAUUUUUACAUCCAGUAUAAGAAUUAUUCUUGAUUAUAAUUAAUCAUAUAAUUAUAAUUAAUUAUUAUAAAUGUGAUAGCCAAACAUUUGCCUAGUUUCUUUCGCUUUUGCCUCAAUUAGGCAAAAUGUUAAACUGGCACUUUUACACUUUUAAACCAAAAUAAUACAACUUAAUAAUAUUGUUUUAAUAUCAUAGAAUGAAUGGUAUACAUAUCCUUGUCUAAUUAUUUUGAUUUCGGCUCAAUUAGACACUUAUUGGCUUCAAUAACAAUUAUAGUUUGAUGUUAGGAUUGUAUGCACUUCUGUUAUAAAUUAUAUAUUAAGUUAUAAUUGAACUCUGUUAUCAACAUGAAAUAACUAGCACAUUUCUUUUACAUGAAUCCAUAUUAAAUGACUUAUAGAAGUUGAGGUUUCAUUUCUUUUGUCUUUUCACAACCAUGUUCCAUGUACAUAUGUACAUAUUUAAUCUCACCUACAAUUGUUAUGUGAAAGUAUUUAAUGCUUUGUUCAAAUUCAAUUCAAGGGAGGAAAUAAUGAAAUAUCGGCAUUAAAAAUCUUAAAACAUAUGAUGUGUUUAAUGCAUUUGU